GACAAUAGGUUGCCCAAGUCAAAGAUGGCAGUCAGCCAUGCGUCACUUCCGGUCAGCUGUGUGAAGCUUCCUCUUUCAUUUGUUUCACGCUGAUUUCUGGUAUCAGAGGGAGAUCAUUUUGCAGUCAGCUCUGGUAUUAUACUGAGUUCCCCCAGGUGGUGGUCUCACCUGCAUGGCAUAGGCAUAAGAGCAGGUCUCACGUGAUUUUCUGAUUUGGUUACGUCUUCAGCACCAUGUCAUUGAGGAACAAUGUCAGCUGGACCAAGAAUGUGUCAUCCUUUUGUUACAAUCCUAAAUCUUAUUUAUCCAACACGGCAGCAGAAAGUUUUCUGGAUGAGCUGUUAAAAGAUCUUAAAAGUGAAAGUUUGAAUGAUCAAACAAAGAUUUCAAUGCUGAAUCUCCUUAUAGAGUUCCCUACAUUGCUAUGCCCAGACAAGACAACGGGAGAGAUUACCACAGAGAUUCUUAUGAAUAUUUUUCAACAGAUGUCAACUUCCAUCAAAAGUAUAUCUUUAAAAUGCCACCUCCUGCUAGCAGUUGAAACCAUUUUGAUUAUUACUGAUAACUUCAAUUGGAAUUGCAAAGCAGCACAAGAGUUUGCUUCCCUGCUAAUGCACAUCAUAUCGGACAUCAAUGACAAGAAGCAAGGUGCAGCCAACAGGCCCUUGCGUGUUACAGCUUGUGAAUGUCUGCGAGAAUUGGAAAAUUGUUAUCCUGGGCUUCUCUCUCAGAGGCUGGAACAGCUAUACUCUAUGCAACAACAAGAGAUUACAAGUGCACAUCAGUCAUACACAUUACUCUACAGUAUAACAUUAAAGGAUGCAAUUCAGCUUUUAGCACAGAAAGAGGGUCCAUCUCAGGGCACCCUUAAGCAAAUGCUUAUGAGCAAUGGUAGCUUUGUAUGGAAUGCCACCAAAGACAUGAGGGAACUACAUCCUGCUUCAGGAGAACAACUUUUCCUGCUUCCAUCCAAUAACGAGACAAAAGAAUUGAAGUCUAUCUUGGCUUUGUUAUUAGAGGACUCCUAUCUAUUCACAGCUGUGUGCCAAAACACACUGUUUUGGCAAAUUAUACAGAUUGUGGCCCUAGUUCGCACCAUAUCACCUGUGAUUUUUAAAUCACAGCUUGUACGUCUGUUUGGCACAAAGGAUAUAUCAUGUUUUCACAGUAUUCUUCAAAUGAAAGCGGUGUUUACAGAUAGUCUCUUCACAGCAGAGGAUGAACACUUCCUCCUUCAGAGGCUUGUGGGGAUGACCCAACACCCACUUCUCUUCACACCAGUCAAACUAUUCUACUUGGACUGUCUGUUACAUUUUCCAGAAAAUAGACCUCUUAAUUCCAACCCUGGUGAGAACUUGCCUGUUCUACUCACUGUCCAAAUGACAUCGUCUUUGUUCCCUAAUAUUUUCAAUGACUAUAGCACAAUGCUCUGCAGGCAGAAUUUAUUAAGCAUGGUUUACCUGGAAAAUGAGGGCUUUCAUGCUGAGCGGGGCAUCGGAUACUUGUUUGAACAUCUAUUGUCCCUAUAUAGUAUGGUUGACAAAAAGGUGGACAGAGAGGUCACUGCUACUUUUUUCCGUGCUGUAUAUCUGUUUGUUCAAUACUUUCAUUUUUGUGAGCAGCAUAUGGAUAAUCUAAGAGAGAGCCUUUUAGAUUUAUAUAAGCGCAACAGUUGUUUGGCACCUUAUUUUAUUAACCUAAUUAAUCAAACGCAGAUUUUACUUGAAUUUCAGACUUGGCCAAUCUCCUUGUCAAAGGCAUUACAAAAGCAAAUUGUUGAUCUUCGUAUGGACAGGUUGAGCAUGAAUAACCUUCAUUGGCAUCUUAAAAUUCUUUCAAAAGUAGCUCAAGAGAAUACAAUUCCUCAGAGAAGUACAGUAGAGUUCUUGAGGCAUGUGGUGCUUCAUUCUGAUCUGUGUCAAAAAGGAGACUGGGGUUUGGGUAAUGCUCUCUUGUCCGUGUGUAAGUAUGUGCUCCAACACGAACAUCUUGAUAUUGUAUUCAUGGACUUGGCAAAUCUCUUACAGUAUCUGAUGCAUCAUUUUGAAGACAUCGAUAUCAAAGACCAUUCACGUUUGUAUUACAUUCUCCUUACCAAUGUGUCCAGUGAGAAGCUUUGGAAAAUUCUGAACAUGUCUCCCACAAGUGGUCAAACCAAAGCCAGAUCCUUGUCUUCUAUUAUGACAGAAAGUGAGAAUUUCUCCACCUUAUUGACCAUUCACAACACAGAAAAAACUCUUCUCCAGUUAUGUCCAGUUCUUGAUAAUGCAAAUAUUUUCCCGCCUAGUGAAGAAGCAUCUAGAGAGGAAAGUACAAUAACUGAAUGCUCUCUUCAAGACUACUAUCAGCAACUUGCAGACCACCGUGCCUUUUUGCUUACAUUAAAGUACCAUUUGAUUUUCAAAGGAGACAUUGAAGAAAAGUACCAUAAAUUGUUCUGUAUUGUACUUCAGUUUGAUCUGACAGAUAGCCAUUAUGAACCAAUAGGUGACAUAAAUGUUCCAUGCCUGUACAACGAUCGAAAUCCACCUGUUGUCACUGUUAAUUUGGUUCCCAAGGACCCCUAUCCAUCUUUCCUGUUGGUGAAUGCCACAUAUAGUACUCAUGAUGGACUAACUUAUCAUACAAGGCUUGAUCCACUACACUUAACAUUCCCAGAACUUUUUGUCCCUUUGCCUGCUUAUUCCCCAAUGGGUGCUCGGUGCCAUCUGUUUGGCAAGCUCUGGGAUGCCUUGAAGCCAGAUGAUCAUAACCAUUGUGCAGAGAGCAUAUUCUGUUACAAGAUGUCAGAAUCUUCUUUUCAUAAUAUUGUGCAGUCUCAUUUCUCCAGAUUUCUGGUCUCUUAUCAUGAUCAGGAAUACAAAAUUGGUAUUCUUCUACCCCCACAGUUUCAUAUAUUAAUGCAGGCUUGCAUUUCUAAGGACAUUGCUCGCUUUGAGAUUAGAACUGAUAACUGGAAAUUACUGCUGCAUCUAAACACUCACCUCCUUCAUGUGUCCUGUAAUGAUUAGGGCAAUUGCUUUGACUGUCACGUGUGUGUGUAAAUAUACUGAUGACUAUUUUGAGUUGUUUAAAACUCUGAUCUAUAGAAAAAUCUCAUAAUAAAUAUAUGGUACUGAUAAAGCAGGGGACAACAAAUUAGUAAAUAUAUUUUCCGUAAAAUGUGUACUAGUCAUAAUAUUUCUCUGACGUCCUAGUGGAUGCUGGGAACUCCGUAAGGACCAUGGGGAAUAGACGGACUCCGUAGGAGACUGGGCACUCUAAAAGAAAGA